AUGCUCAGAACAGCACCUAACUUCAUCAACAGUACAUAUAGGGUCCCAGCCAAACAUAUUUUAGCUUUGCCUGGUUUCUUUAGCAAAGAGACUAAACACAACUCACCCACUCUCCUCCAGCAGCCGCUGGGAGCCCUGAUAAGUCGAUCACCGAGUGCAGCGGAGUUUCACAGCUCAAGGAAGAACAUUUGUGAUCAUUACUUCAUGGAAAUGCAAUCAGACCGAGAUGCUAAGGCAGAAAAACUACCACGUCUGCAGUGUAAAAUGAUUUUUAUGAUGAUUCUUUCUUCAAGGAAAUGA